UCUCUCUCUCUCUCUCUCUCUAGGUGUCAGUGGUUUCUUCCCAAACUCCCUCACUGCUUCCUUGUCAUGCAUUUCUUUUCUGAGCUUGUUUAGAGUAGUCACAGGAAGAAGACGAUUAUUCUCUUUUUUCAUGGAGUUUCAACUCAGGAAAUCUCCUCUCUGGGUUCUUCUUCUUCUUCUUCUUCCUGUAGUCGCGUUGAACGAGGAGGGCCUUGCACUUCUUUCUUUCAAGUCAGCCGUGCAAGAAGAUCCUGAUGGUUCCAUGGCCAACUGGAACUCCUCCGGUGCCGACCCGUGCUCUUGGAAUGGGAUCACUUGUGAAGAAGGAAGGGUUGUCUCCAUUAGCCUCCCAAAGAAGAGGCUUUUGGGUUCUCUUCCUUCCUCGCUUGGCUCCUUCUCUUCUCUUCGGCACAUCAACCUCAGGAGCAACAGGCUUCACGGGAGCCUGCCUUCCGGACUCUUCGCCGCCGGCCGGCUCCAAAGCCUGGUUCUUUACGGGAACUCCUUCUCCGGUCCUGUUCCUCCUCAGCUCGGCAACCUCUCUCUCCUCCAAAUCUUGGACCUUUCGCAGAACCUGCUCCAUGGCGCAAUACCUGCUUCUAUCCUCCGUUGCAAGAGGUUGAAGGUCCUUGAUUUCAGCCACAACAACUUGACGAGCUCCAUCCCGGCAGGCUUCGGGACCAAUCUUGCCGCCUUGGAAAAACUCAGCCUUUCUUACAACAGGCUCAACGGUUCGAUCCCUAGCGACUUCGGCAACCUGUCUAGCCUUGGUGGCACGGUCGACCUCUCACACAAUCUCUUUUCCGGUGCCAUUCCUGCAACUCUCGGAGACUUACCGGACAAAGUCUACAUCGAUCUUGCGUUCAACAACUUGACCGGCUCGAUCCCACAGAAUGGAGCUUUACUGAACAGAGGACCAACUGCAUUUAUUGGAAAUCCUGGGCUUUGCGGUCCGCCACUGAAGAACCCCUGUUCUCUGUCGAGCAGAGCAGCCAGCAGCCCAUGGCUAUUGCCAUCCUUGCCGAGUGACCAUUCACCUCUAGCUUCUGAACCCAACAAUAGCAAAAAAACCAGAAAUGGUCUGAGCAAAAAGUUGGUGGUAGCCAUAGUCGUAGCUGACGUUGCUGCAAUUGCUCUCAUGGCUAUGCUCUUCUUCUAUUGUUACAGGAGAGCAGUGUCUUCCAAGAACAAAGAUGGGAAGAAGUGUUUAUGCUGCGGGAAAGAUGGAAGCGAGACUCCGGCAGAGGAUGCUGAGCAAUUUGAUCUCAUACCAGUAGAUAAGCAGGUGCGGUUCGACUUGGAAGAUCUGCUGAAGGGCUCUGCCUUCGUGCUGGGGAAGAGUGGGAUUGGGAUUGUGUACAAGGUGAUCUUGGAGGACGGAUUGACACUGGCGGUAAGAAGAUUAGGCGAAGGUGGGUCGCAGAGGUUCAAAGAUUUCCGAGCAGAGGUGGAAGCCAUCGGAAAAGUGAGGCAUCACAACAUCGUUCUCCUAAGAGCUUUCUACUGGUCUGCCGACGAGAAACUUCUUAUAUACGACUACAUUCCCAAUGGCAACCUCUCCAAUGCAAUCCAUGGAAACAUGAGCUUGUCGCCGCUGUCAUGGGAUGUGAGGCUUAAGAUCAUGAAGGGGGUCGCAAAGGGUUUGGCCUUCUUGCAUGAUUUCAGCCCCAAGAAGUACGUCCAUGGAGAUCUCAAGCCAAGCAACAUACUCCUCGGAGUAGACAUGGAGCCAUACAUAUCGGACUUCGGACUUGGGCACCUCACCACCAACAUGGAAACAGGAACACCAUCGAUCAGUCCUGUUUGGAGCAAUGCAUUGUUCUAUCAAGCUCCAGAGGCAAUCAAAUCUCUCAGACCAUCACAGAAAUGGGAUGUGUAUUCCUAUGGAGUCAUCCUACUGGAACUGAUCUGUGGAAGAUCUCCGGUUGUUCUGAUGGAGACUUCGGACAUGGACUUAGUUCGAUGGGUUCAGAUCUCUAUCGAAGAGAGGAAGACACUGUUGGAUGUGGUAGACCCUAAUUUGACCCGGGAAACAGAGAGAGAAGAUGAGAUUACCACUGCACUCAAGAUAGCAUUAGGCUGUGUCCAGUUAAACCCCGAAAGCAGACCAUCGAUGAGGCACGUCGUUGACUUAUUGCAGAGAUUAACAAGCUAGAAAAUGUUGGAAAAUUGACCAGCAAAAAAGCUCAGUUUCUUCUACCUCAAGCAGUAACUGUGGUUGCUCAAACAUUACCAGGUUUUAUCAGACAAGCAAAUCUAUAUAUGCAGCAGGUAAGAACAGUGCACUGUCCGUCUGAGUUAGAUCGAGAUGUUCUUUUACCUGCAUGCUGUUAAAUGUACCAUGUCCUAGUCUCCUUUUUAAUGGAUUAAACUAUGAUUUGAAGUAUUAA